UAUGUAAUAACCCAAUGAUGACUAGAUUCCAUUGAAUAUACCAAAAGAACAAUUUUAAUUACCUGAAUAACUUGAUGGUACUGAAAUUAUGAUUAUGCUAAGAAUUUGGUUAGCCAGUAAUGUUCAAAUGCAGUACUUGUGGAGUUCAAGCUGUUUCUAUAUUGCAACAUAAGCCAGGGACUCAUACAUGGUUAUGCUGUGUCACUCUUUGCAUAUUUGGAGCAUUUUUAGCUUUCCUACCAUUUUAUAUGAAAGAUUGCCAGGAUGUUACACAUGUAUGUCCUGCCUGUAGUCAACCUGUAUUAUAUUUGAAAAUUAAUAUUAGAAAGGAGUUAGACAAUUUAAAGCAUGUUGAU